UCCGUUUUGCGACUUUAACAGCGUACCGGCGCGUAUUAACUCUGUAACCUUCUUCUACUACCCAUGUAUUUAUGUAGGGUAGGUGUAAUAUGAAGUCUAUAUACUAAAAGAGGUACAAAUGAACCCCAAACGCAGGGUGCUUUGUGCCUAACUGUUUAUUCGAGACUCGGAAUCUCUGAAUCCCUGCACAUCAUCAUGAUCUUAUUGCUGCUUCUAGUUGCCAGUCUUGGUGUUGGCCUUGAAAAUGUUGAAAAUUAUGAAGUGGAGUAUGGAAACAGAUUCAGGAUGAGGGUGUCAAGAAGGGUUCACUUUAUCGAGUUAAUCCCCAAGAACAAAUCAGAAGGGACGAUCUUGUGGGAACGUGACGAAGAUCAGCCCAAAGAGGGCAGUAGAUGGAAGAUGACUGAGACCUUAUAUACCAUCAGUUCUUUAGCCCAAAAAGACAGUGGCCGCUACAUAUUCAAAGACAACUAUGGGGAAUUGAUGCAUGCGAAGAUCAUUGACGUAAAAGAGGUCACAAAGAGCUAUACCCUGGAGACUAAUCAAGUCCUGAACAUCACUUUUGAUCUGGAACCGCACUCCUGCAACAUUUACUUCUUCCCUGGCGAAAACAGUAAGACUGCGAUAGUCCUUAAGGGCAGGCUGCAGCGUGAUUUGAAACAAGUGGAUUGCGUGGGGUUUGAGCUUUUAAAGCCAUGUGGGAUUGUACACAAGGCCAUCCAAAAGACAUGCAGUGGACGGUUUGAAGUCAGAGAUGAUAAUGAUGACAAAGCCUUGGUAGUUUUCCUGGAAAUGGAAGAGCCACAGUUCAGUCAGGCUUACCUCGGUAUUGGUGGUGGUGCGUUGUUCUUCACACUGUGCUGGUGUUGCUGCAAGUACUGCUGUUGUGGUGAGAGCUCCUCAGCAAAGGAGAACUCAGAAGCAGCUGCAGAGAAUGAUAGCGAGCCUGCUGUGUAUUACCAUGAGUUUGAGCCUGUGGGUCCGGGAUCAAACCAGCACUGUGAACUCUCUAAUCCACCCAACACUGAUGAGGCUCCUGAUGCUCCAGUUGACCUGCUGAUACACAGUUCUGCUGCUACGGAUUCUCCACCUGCUUAUUGUGAGGUUACACCGCCGGCGAAGCAGGAAGAGGCUCCAACCAUCACUCCCACCUCCGACCCUGAGCAACGGUUUGAAUUGAAGGGGACAAUUUUCAAUUCUGGUCCGCCACUCAGCUCAGCCUCAACGUACUGUGAUGUUUAUACCUCAGAAAAAUUCAACUUCUUCUAAAAGUCUUGAUUUUGAACUGUGUUCUUUAGUACGGUGACGAAGGGAUAAUUUGACAUUUCAGGGAAUAGGCUUGCCUGACAUCUUUGAGCCAAGAAAAAAAAUGUUUUGUAACCACUGGUACAUUUACAAAUUUAUGUUUCUACAGAUAGUUUUUUAUGGAUAAAAAAAAACCUUAGAACCAAAAACAUUUUGAAGCUUGUGUCUUCACUGCUGCCUGCUGUAGUUCCAUAUUUAUCAAGGAGAAAGAAAAUAUGUAUUUUCGGAUUUUCCUCUGUCUUUUUGUUUUUUAUGUUGUGAUUUUUAAGGGAUACGGCACAUUAAUUAACACUACUGUAAAUAUAUUUUUCUGUUCUCUAUAGUUCUGUCAGGAAUACGUUAUGCAUUACAGACCACUGUGAAUGUGAUAUUUUCAGGGAAGAUAUAUGUAGUAGGCACGUUGCAAAAACUGAGGUUUUACAGUUAAAUGUGGAAUCUGAGUCAUAUUAACUUAAAUAAGGGAACUGUUUUUAGCUCCUGAGAAAGAUGCAUUCACAGUUUGUAUGAAAUGUGAGACUGCUAAUGAAGAUGCUUAUUUUAGACUUUUUUGUUAUUGUUGCUUGUAUGAAGAGUUCAUAUCUUAGUAUUUAAUCAUAUCUUGUACACAAAAAGCAAACUUAGAAAUGCAAGGGCCAUCAAUAUGGAAAUAUUUCUAUGCUUUACCAAAGACCUACCCUCCUGACAUGUGGUUUAUGUUUUGUUUUUAUAUAUUUGAUGUAUUUGUGUCCAUAUGUGGGAACUUUUGAUCUGUUACAUUUAGUUACAAGUGCAAUACCCCUUCAUCCUGUGAAAGUACUGUCGAUUGUGUGUAUUGUGUGUAUGUUAUUUAAGCACUUUCUGAGAAGACUAUAUGCUGUAAAACCUUUUAAAAAACCCUUAUGGACAUAUCAGCAUGUAUUUAGACAUCUGUUACAUUAAAGCUAGCAUUAUCCUACCUCUACAACUUGUUUGGUAUUUGCAUU